CCAUUGCUUCGCCAGACCAGGCAGCGCGAGGAGCGAGCUUCGCUGCUGCCGGCAUGGACCGCGAGCGUGCGCGCGUGCAGCCGCCGUUGACCGAGUUCUGCCAACUGCCGCUCUUGGCACGCACUGCCGUCGCCUCUGCCGCUGCGUUUCCCGGCCGCCGGUGACGAAAUCGGCCGCAGCAUCCCCGCCGAGAUCGGCGAUGAACUCCGCUCUCACCUACUCGUGAAUGGUCACGUGAAAACGGAUAUCCCUAUACUUUCGGUUCCGCGCUGUGAAAUCAGGUGCUGUCAUAGCAGCAGCGCCUUUUCUUUUAUUCUUCGCCGUUUCUUUGUGUGCUGCUGGUGGAUUGCCGCCGAUCGUUUCCACCCGGAUGACAGAAGUGCGAUUUAGCGAGUGGACGGCACCGCCAGCGCAGGAUUUCACAGAAGUGUUCUCCUAGUGUGCGCCGGCGAUCUGGCGUGUGUGCGCGUGUGUGUACUCUUCCAUACUAGCCAGUGGAUAUCGUGAUUGGAUAGCCGCGUCCUUCUGCCGCUCAACGCGAGGUUUAAAGACGAAGAAUCCUAGGUUUGUGGAAGUGGAACGGCGUCAUGGCGGUGUCGCCGGCUUCCCAUCCACGCACAAAGCGACGGAAGCCGCAGUUCCGCUUCCCCGGUGUUGGGUGGCUUGCGCUGAGAACGGCCCUGCUUCUGAUAGCUGCACCACAGUGUCAAGCACAGACCACUACAUCAAAUCAAGACAACCUGUGCUACCUGACGCAUGGUGGGUCAUCCGAGACGUUCACGGUCAACGAAGCCUUUCCAGUUGAGAGCAUCGUGGGCCGACUCCAGGUGGUGGGCAACGCCAGCGAGCCCGGAGGCGACAUCCAGCUGCGCAUGGCCGACCCGGAGGGCUCGCCGCUGACGAUCUUGCCGGGAACCAAGAGCCUCGUCCUGCGGCGCAAGCUCGACAAAGAAGGCCGCGACGGACUGCGCUCCGUCACCACUGACGUCAUCUGCUCUCCAAGGCACACGCGCAACAACGACCACUUGAGCAUCACUGUGCCGGUUCGAAUAAUCGUGACGGAUGCCAACGACAACGCUCCAGAAUUCCAGGGCACCCCUUACUUCCUCAACAUCAGCGAGAGUACUGUGCCAGGUACGACGGUCAUGCAAGGCAUCCGAGCCGUGGACAUGGACCAGCCUGGUCUCUUUAGUACUGUCGAAUACUUUGUCGAUGACGGACCACACUCGCACCUCUUGGCCUUCGAGAACAGAUGGGAAGGUUCACUGCUACUUAUGGACAAGCUAGACCACGAGACCCUGCCGAAGUUCACCAUAACUCUAAGGGCGCAGGACCAAGGAAACCCCCCGCAGAGCUCGCACACCACCCUGGUGGUGGUGGUACACGACGCUGACGACCAGAACCCCAGGUUCAAGGCAGAAAGCUACUUCGUCCAGCUGCACAACAACACCCGCCUGGGCGCACCACUGGACGUGAAGCCAAGCAAGAUAGAAGCGGAAGAUCCUGACGAAGAGAUCAAGGCCGCCAUCAAGUACACCUUUAAUUCAGAUGCCAACGAGUACUCGUACUUCGACCUGCACCCUCAGACGGGCCACGUGUCUCUGGUGCGGCCUCUGCCCGAAGGAUUCGCUCUGCCCGUGACGCUGGUGGUGCGAGCCACGCAGCACGACAACCCGGAUCGGUUCGCGCUCACCACGCUCACGCUCACCGCCGACCGGUUCCCGCCCCACGAACUGCACUUCCUCCAGGAGGAGUACGAGGCCCGCGUAAUGGAGAGCACUCCUCCUGGCCAGACGCUACUGACGUUGCAGACGACGCGCAGCGCCGCCGACAAGGGAGGCAUCCGCUUCGAGCUCAUUGUUGACGGCAACGAAGACGGAGCAGCUUUCACCAUCCACGACUCGGGAGAACUGGUCCUGGCCCAGUCUCUGGACUACGAAAGCAAGCAAUUUUACGCACUGAAGGUUCUGGCGACCGACGGCAAGCACAGCGAUGUCGCGCGCGUCAACGUGAGCGUGCUGGACGUGAAUGACAACGACCCGCAGUUCAGUGAGCCGCGCUACUCGUUCACGCUCACCGAUCUUGACGCCGUGCACGAGGGAGCACUCGUGGGUCGAGUUGAGGCGUCGGACGCGGACGCCGGCGACUCAGUACAGCUCGCCAUCGACGGGCCUUCGGCGCGCCUCUUUACUAUCAACAACCAGGGCGAGGUGCGCAUCCGGGACCUCGAGUACCUGAACUCCUCGCGGUCGCACCUGGUGGUGGUGGCGACGGACAGCGGCGUCCCUCCCCGCAAGUCCACGGCGCUGGUCGAGGUGGAGCUCCCCGAGGCCCUUGUGCUACGCAGCAGUGCCCUGGCACCGAGGCGGGAUGAGGGCAGCUUCGUGCUCAUGACCAUCUUCGGCGCUCUUCUGGGCUCUCUGCUGCUCAUCAUCAUCACACUUACCUUGUACAUACUCAAGAACAAAAAGUUCCGCAACAGACUGCCGGUUUCCUUCACUGGCAAUGGUCACACAGCACUGAAUAAGGUGGCGACAAUAAAAGCGCCUCGCAGCGCCACCAGCAGGCUUAUCAACCCCCCGCGGCCCCUUGCUGGUGUCGAAAAUCCCAUCUUCAACCUCUCGGAUGCCAAGUCGGACGACACGACCGAGGACAUGAGUGAACGAGAGACGCUCCCGGACUGUCUCGACACCCCUGUUCAAAAUGGAAGCAUAAACAAGAACAACGGACUGCAGCACAUUGGUAGGGCGCUUCCCAACGGCAGGUUGGAGCCGCUUCGUAACGGAAUGACGGCGCCUCUGGGUAGCCCUUCAUUGCUGUACAAUGGCAAACUGCUGAGCGUCCAGUGGCCCAUUGGCUCCAUACCAAUGAAAGUCAAAGAACUCAACUGGGAGGACGACCAACCCAACAAGACGGCACUGGAUCCAGACUUCAGCGUAACACCACUGACAACUGGCAACCAGUCUCCCAGCCACAAUGAACUCACAGUGUACUUCUAGGUCAAUCGUCUUUUAAAAACAUCCGGCCUCAAGCCUCUCGGAUGCAAGUGAAGUCACCACAGGAUUAAGAAUUUGUGGAACUCGCACACAAACUUGCAAUGCGUGCAAGUCACUGUGAUAAGCCUGUGAAUUACCAAACCACAAGUGCCUUCCACUUCGGAUGUGACGACAACUUAUGUCUUCCUUGCAAGCAACGCCACAUAGCCCAGCGCUGCCUCUGUCGUGUCCCUCAUACGCAAGUGCCGUACAGCCAAGCGGUGUCCUGUGUUCAACUUUCCCAGUGUGCCGGUGCAGUGUGUGCUCUUAACUCUUCUGAGGUGAAAAAAAGAGAAGUGGCACAUACUAUUUCUGACAAACUGUUCUAUUAAUGUAGGUGUCAAAGACGUUUGUAAAGCACGGCCCUAGACGAAGCUCACAACCGCCAACAAAGCUUUCAGCAAGUACACAAAAAGCAAUUGAAAGACACUUGUGACAGCAUCGCUGCCCUGCCUGGCCACGAAGAGUCGAACCUGUGAUCGAGGUUCUGAUGUGUUUUCUGAAACUUGGCAUGGGAACUAAGUUUCAAUGCCAAACGAACGUUCAUAUACUACGUGCAACACAAUGCAGUUGAAAGCUCCGGAGCAUUUCUGUGUUUUGCAAACAAGAGCCGUUCUUUAUUUUGUUACGAUGCCUAUUAGGUAAUUUUAUUAGCAGAAUCCUGCUCCAAAUCACUUUCUGUGAAUACCAGUGGCAUGAAUGACUGUCUGUAUGUGAGAGCGUUAACAAGCAUCUGCAUUAUUAGGUGAACAGCAGAAGUGCUUCCGUGCAAGAUUGAGCUACAAGCCACCAUGUUUAGAAAGUAACUCAAUCAUACGCUCUUAAUGAGGACGUUGUGUGAUUCAAACACCUUUGCCAUCAUGACUACAUUUGCAUGUUAGGAUGCACUGCUUUCUACUCAGAGUUGUUUAAGUGCCACCCAAAAAGAAAGAGAGAGAGAUGCAAAUGAGAGGCAGGCAGGGAGGUUAACCAAACUUCAAGCCUCCGGUUCGCUACCCUGCACUAUGGGAAGGUAAAGGGGAACUAAAAACGGAAAGAAGAGCGCGGACAAAAAGAAAGGCGCGAAAAAAAAAGACGGCGUCAUUACAGUCUCUCUAAUAGGUCACUUCCACGUAAAAAGGCCAACAAAGCCUUGACCGACUCUCCGUAUCCAUAGAAGAUCAUAAACAUGCAUCAGUUCACGCUUUUAUGUUCGUAAACGAAGCCAAUAUUAAGUGCAUUGCGGAAAUGACAUACGCAUUGAGCAGUCGGGCAAAGCCACCAGACUUACUCUUGUUUCUGUAGCAUUUUAUAUACGAGAACAUUUCAGUUUCUUUACACCAAAGCAAUAAUCACCUAAAUAGUGACAAAAUGGUUCUGUAUAUAAGAAAUGAUGUCAAAAAAUAAGCAAGAUGAUUUUGUACAUACUGUUAAUAAUAUUGCCGCGCUGUCAAUGCUGCUGUGAUUCGCUCUCGCCAUCAUGCAAUGUAGUUAGGAAAUAUUGAAUUGUUUUGUCUUACAAUAUCGACAGAUGGAUGUGUACAUUUAUUAUUCUAGCAUUUCUGCAAAGCCAAUCGUCCUGUUACGCCAAUGUAAAGCUUUUAUAGUGGGUGUUCCUGUGAAGAGUGCCACAAAUUUGUAAAAAUAACCUGGGGUAGAUGCACAAUUGCAGUGCUUGAGCUCGAUUAAUCAAAGUCAUGAAUGACAUUUGCAAGAAAUUUAGAAAUGUUUAACUGACUGAUUACUAAACUUUAUCAAUGAAGCUUUUAACUAAAUAACUUAUCGCAGAUACGGCAGAUUACAGAUUGAUUGUAGCCCGGAAGUUCAAGAAAUGAGACUUGGAAUGAAUGUUCAGUAUGACACCAGUUUCGAGAUAUUCAUUCCCGAGCUGCGAAGAAAUGCUAUGGCACUCCAGCCACGUUUGUGCUUCAAUGGGUAAAACGGCGUUUUGUCAAAGUAAAAGUGGAACGAGAGCGCAUUUUUAUCGCAGUCUUGAUGGUAGAUAUUUCGACAAUCGAGUAAUCUACGGACUUCUUUCCAAGUGAACAUGUCUUUCGGUCUCACUGUCUACAAUGUGGAAAUUGCAAUAUGUGGAAGUGGUUAGCUAAACACAAUUAGUGAAGUUUAGUCAUUAUUCACUGGUGCAUUUAAAUUUCUCGCGCAAAUAAUGUGUGCCUGUGGGAGUGAUCCAUUCAAGCACUAUAUGUUGUGGUAUCCACCACGUGUGAUUUCAAAAAAAAAUUUGGCAGUCUACACCGAAACACACCGUAUUGUUUAUAAAAGAAGCGUGUUUGUAAACGCGAAUAGCGACUGUACGUGAUGAAUGCUAGAAGAUAAACUGACGUUCCGAAAUUGUA